AUGGCAUUGUCUUUGGAAGAAUAUAUUCACUCCCUUGACCUUAGGACUCUCCCUCGAGUUCUAGAAAUUCAAUCAGGCAUCUAUUUUGAAGGUCCUCUUUGUGAAAUGCAUGGAAAUGAAUGCUGUUUGUCGACAGGAGAGGUGAUUAAAAUUACUGAUCUAAAAAUUAAGAAAAUCAUGGCUGAAAUUUGUGAGCGUAUUGAAGGUUGUGAGUCGCUACAACCAUUUGAACUGCCUAUGAAUUUUCCAGGUCUUUUUAAGAUUGUGGCUGAUAAAACUCCUUAUCUUACUAUGGAAGAAAUUACAAGGACCAUCCAUAUAGGACCAAGUAGACUAGGGCACCCUUGUUUUCAUCAUGAGAAGGAUAUAAAAGUAGAGAAUCUCAUCGUGGAGCAGGGUGAGGAAAUUAUGGUCAACUCAGUUGAAGAGAUCAAUGGUGAGAAAAUGGUGAACUGUGGCGUGAUAAGGAAUCAUCAAAACCAUUCAUUUACUUUGCCUCUGUCACAAAAAGGAGAAUUCUAUGAGUGUGAAGAUGAACAUAUUUAUACCCUAAAAGAGAUUGUUGAAUGGAAGAUUCCCAAGAACAGAACACGAACUGUACAACUUACAGAUUUUUCAGCUAAGUGGGACUCAGCAAAUCCAUUCCCAAAAAGCUUUAAUGGUGCUCUUAUUCUCAAGCCUAUUUAUGAAAUUCAUGGCGUACUAAAACAUGGGAAGGAUAUAGUUCGCAUUCUACCUAGUUUAGAUGUUGAAGUCAAAGACAUUACUGACUCUUGUGAUGCUAACUGGUUUUUUCAACUGUUAUCUACAAAAGAUCUUUUUGACAAGACCAGUAAAGAGUUUCCUAUAGUAGCUGAAGUUAUAGAAGUCCCCCAAAGAAACCAUCUGUCCAGAAGCAUUUUACAACCUGGACAAACCAUUGUGAUCCACCAAAAGUACCAAGCAGCAAGGAUUUUAGCUUCAGAAAUUAGAAGCAAUUUUCCUAAAAGACACUUCUUGAUCCCCACUAGUUAUAAAGGCAAGUUCAAGAGGCGACCUCGGGAGUUUCCAACUGCUUAUGACCUUGAGAUUGCUAAAAGUGAAAAGGAGUCUCUUCAUGUGGUGGCCACCAAAGCCUUUGAUUCUCCUCAUAAUGAGCUGUCAUCUGUAUCUGUUGGGGACCAGUUUGUAGUGCAUCACUCACAGACGACUGAAGUUCUCUGUAACAGAUUGAAAAAAGUUGUGAAUGUUCUGGCCUGUGAAAAUAUCCUCAAACAGUCUCAUCAGGUAGCACUACUUCCUUUGUACAUGGAAGGAGGUUUCGUAGAGGUGAUUCAUGAUACAAAACAAUACCAACUUUCUGAGCUCUGUGCAGAAUUUCACUUACCUUUCAAUGUGAAGGUAUCUGUCAGAGAUCUUUCCAUUGAAGAAGACAUUUUGGCUGCAACACCAGGACUGCAAUUGGAGGAAGCUAUCACAGACUCUUAUCUACUUAUUAGUGACUUUGCCAACCCAAAGGAGUGCUGGGAAAUUCCUGUUGGCCGUUGGAAUAUGACUGUCCGUCAAGUAAGUGAUUUGCCACUAGAUUCAGGAUCACUUCUAGUCAAGACUUUAGUGGAAGAGAUCACUGAAGAGCAAUAUUACAUGAUGCGGAGAUACGAGAGCUCUUUCUUGCACCCCCCACCUCGCCCUCCUAAACACCCCUCUGCAGAAGAAACAAAGCCAGCCCAGUUAUCCUUGCCGAAGGAAAGAACAGUGGUUCUGCCCAAAUCCCCCAAGAGUCUCCAUAUAAACAUAUUGAAGAAAUUACAUCCAAAUAAAACUGGGCUGGAUCCUAAAGUACCAGAAAGCUGCCAAAAUGAUUUAGUCAAUCUGGAGAAAAAGAGAAGCAAGAGAGGAGAAACUGCAGUAGAAGAUUCCAAUGCAAACACAGAAGUAUCAGACAAGAGAUAUAAUGCAGAUUUGAAUUAUGAUGGCUUAUGGAAAUAG